GACACACAAUCAGUACAGCGUGGACGUGCGGAUCGUGCUGGUCGUUGCCGUCGGUGCGUCUUGCGUGGCUUGAGUGGGGGAUUGGGGCCAGUUGCGGAGUAGAAUGUGCGUGUAGCAUUCCUUAGAAUAGUGUACUUGGUUGGGGAGCAGUUCGCGGUACAGUCAUUCAUAACUUGUUUGUAGAGGUGAACAUAAAAAGGAAGAAUUCCACUAAAGCACAAUUCCAGUCGCGGGAAGUAGUAACGUGAUCGAGGUUGCUGGAUUUGUGACGCACAUGCACAAGCUCUCUUCAGAUAUCCUUCCAUCAUGGCGUCUACCUCGCGCUGGAACAAGUUUGUGUUGCUGCUGUGGAAGAACUGGAUCAUACAGAAGCGCCACUACAUACAGACGCUGUUCGAGAUCCUCAUACCGGUGUUUUGCUGCGCGAUGUUAAUAGUGGUCCGUGGUCUGGUCGAUCCGGAACAGGUGCUAACGCCAACCAUCUUCGAGCGCUUGCCGAUUGGAUCACUGCGUGAUCUAGACACCGCUUUCCCACCCGUAACACUCAGCCUUGCCUAUUCGCCACAAAAUGCGAUACUCCAGCAGUUGCUGGAUGAUGCGUUGAAGGAGGAGAUUACAAAUACAAGAGCAGUGUCACUAGUACCAUUGCCAAAUGCUCGUGAGCUGGAGAGUCUACUGAUGCAGCGCAACUACAUCGGUGGAAUAGAGUUUCCCGACAGUUACACAAACAUCACCGAUCUACCGCAAAAGCUACGAUACGCUAUUCGUCUUCCGGGCGAGUUACGAUUCACUGGCUGGACGUUCGGAAACUGGCGCACCAACUUCAUGGUCGUCCCGUUCGUCCAGGGACUGCGCAACGCCAACCAAUCGGACGGUGGCAGUCCCAACUAUUGGCGGGAAGGUUUUCUCACCCUGCAGGCCGCCAUUUCGCGUACCUUCAUUCGACGGCAGCGGGCCGAUUACGAUCUCCCUGAUGUGUCACUGCGGCGCUUUCCCUAUCCACCGUACUACGAGGAUUUGGUGCUCGUAGCAAUGGAACGAUUGCUGCCAAUGAUUAUACUGAUAUCGUUCUUCUACACCUGCAUCAAUACGGUAAAGUUUAUCACGAUCGAGAAGGAGAAGCAGCUGAAGGAGGCGAUGAAAAUUAUGGGUCUGCCGAACUGGCUGCACUGGACGGCGUGGUUCGUGCGGUGUCUGGUGCUGCUACUGAUUACCAUCUCGCUGCUAAUAUUUCUGAUUAGUGCAAAUUUAACUCCAAACACUGACUUAUCCGUGAUUGAGUACGCCGACUGGUCGGUGCUGUGGUUUUUCUUCCUGUCCUACAUUUUGGUGACGAUUUGCUUCUGCUUCAUGAUGAGCGUGUUCUUUAACAAAGCCAACACUGCAGCUGGAAUCGCCGGACUAAUGUGGUUUCUGUUUGCCAUCCCGUUCAACAUUGCCGUCCAGAACUACGACGAAAUGGCGAUGGGCAGCAAGGUGGCGUCCAGCUUGCUCUCCAACACUGCCAUGUCGUUCGGCAUCAUGAACAUCAUUCGCCUGGAGGCCGACCAGGUUGGGCUGCAGUGGCACAAUCUAUUCUCCGCUCCCUCUAUGGGCGACGAGUUCAGCGUCGGUCUGGUGAUGGUGAUGUUCGUGGUCGACGCACUUCUUUACCUCGCCAUUGCGCUCUACUUCGAGCAGGUAAUGCCGGGCGAGUUCGGUGUAGCAAAGCCGUGGAAUUUCCUGUUCACGCGCGACUUCUGGAAACGGAACCGCAUCGAGGAUGGGUCGGGCGAUUGGGCGAAGGCGGAAAGUUCGCCCUACUUCGAGCAGGAACCGAACAUCGACCGGGCCGGCGUGCGUAUCGUCAAUUUGCGCAAGGUGUACGGCAAGAAGGUGGCAGUGGAGGGGCUAAAUCUGAACAUGUUCGAUGGACACAUCACGGUCCUGCUCGGGCACAAUGGGGCCGGCAAAACGACGACCAUGUCGAUGCUGACGGGCAUGUUUUCACCCACCUCCGGUACGGCGCUGGUGAACGGGUACGACAUCCGGAAGGACAUCGAGGGGGUUCGGUUUUCGCUGGGCCUCUGUCCCCAGCACAACGUGCUGUUCAACGAGCUAACUGUGGCGGAACAUUUGAAGUUUUUCUCCCAGCUGAAGGGCGUUCCAGGUGACAAGACGGCCGCUGAGAUUGAAAAGUAUGUGAACCUGCUAGAGCUGACGGACAAGCGGAACGCCCAGUCGCACACACUUUCGGGCGGUAUGAAGCGUAAGCUGGGCGUUGGGAUUGCGCUGUGCGGAGGCUCUCGUGUGGUUCUGCUGGACGAACCGACGUCCGGGAUGGAUCCGUCGGCACGGCGCGCGCUGUGGGAUUUGAUACAGAAGGAAAAGGUUGGCCGUACUGUUAUCCUUUCCACACACUUCAUGGACGAGGCGGAUGUACUGGGCGAUCGGAUAGCGAUUAUGGCGGAAGGGAAGCUGCGAGCGAUUGGGUCUCCGUUUUUCCUGAAGAAAAGUUUAGGCGCCGGGUAUCGGUUGAUCUGCGUGAAGGAACCGACGUGUGAUAAGAAGCGUGUGCUUGAGAUAUUGAAGAAGUACAUCCCGGAGGUGCGGAUUGACACGGACAUUGGGACGGAACUGUCGUUUGUGCUGCGUGAGGACUACCUGAAGGUGUUUCAGCCUAUGCUCGAGGAGCUGGAGGAUAAGAUGCGAAGCUGCGGAAUAUCCAGUUACGGCAUAUCGCUUACAACGAUGGAGGAAGUGUUUUUGCGUGCUGGCAGUGACUCGUUCCAGGCCGAAAACACAACGAAUCACACUGCUAGUGGAUACAUCGACAUGAAUGAAAACAGCGAUAUAUACUCCCUCGAAGGCCUUACACUUCUGGACGGUUCGAGGCGUUUGUUCCAACAAAUAAAUGCGCAGUUUUACAAAAAGUUCCUCACAACCAUUCGCAGCUGGAUCACGCUGUCGAUGCAGAUGCUCAUUCCUAUCCUGUUUGUGCUGCUGUCCUAUCUGAUCUUCCUGAACUCGUCCACCGGUCGUGAUCUACCCGAGCUUAAGAUCAAUCUAGACAGAUAUAGUGGCUCGCUGACGGUGCUGCAAACGACCGAUGGGUUUGAAUCGGUAACGGCGGCUUUUCGUGAUCGAUUCCGCACAGAACCGAACGUCCAUCAGUUGAUUGUGAUUGAUGAGGAUAUGACGACGUUCAUACUGAACAAGUCAUCCCAGGAUAUUGCGACAUUCAACACCCGCUACUGGGCAGGAGCAUCACUCGACCGGUCCGUGUGUACUGCCUGGUUCAACAACAAAGCUUAUCAUAGUGCACCACUAGCCGUGAACAUGAUCUACAACGCUCUGCUGCAGUCCAUCUGCCCGAACUGUGAGCUACAAGUGAGCAACAAACCACUGCCCUACCGGCUAGACACGCAACUCCAACGCCUGGAGACGGGUGCGAAUGCUGGAUUUCAGCUCGCGUUCAAUACCGGCUUUGCGAUGGCGUUCGUGUCCGCGCUGUUCAUUCUGUUCUACAUCAAGGAGCGUACGACGCGCGCGAAGCUGCUGCAGUUUGUGAGCGGCGUCAAUGUGACCCUCUUCUGGACGAUCUCCUACCUGUGGGACUAUAUGAUAUUCGUGCUGUCGGCGCUGUGCUAUCUUGCAACGCUUGCCAUCAUCCAGCAGGACGGUUGGAGUACGUUCGAUCAGCUCGGGCGAGUAUUGCUGGUGCUGCUGCUUUACGCCUUCUCCAGUCUGCCGGUAACGUACUUGUUCGCGUACCUGUUCCACGUGCCCGCUACCGGGUUUGUAAAGAUGAUGCUCCUGAACGUGCUCUCCGGUACGAUCUUCUUCACUGCUGUCUCGCUACUCCGGUUCGAAGGCAUCGAUCUGGACGACGUGGCCGACGUGCUCGAGUGGAUCUUCCUGUUCUUCCCGAGCUUCUCGCUGACGCAGAGCAUGAAUGCGCUGAACAUGGUGGGCGGUCGGGAGGCACUGUGCCAGCGGGCCUGCGAGCAGAUCACAUUCUGCACUGAGGCGUUGAAGUGUGCACUGGUGCCCCAGUGUUGCGGUACGAGCGCAUUUACCUUCGAUCAACAGACGGGCAUCAAUCGCAAUCUGCUGUUCUUUGCCGGUAUCGGGGUAGUGUCGUUCGCGAUCAUCCUGCUGGUGGACUAUCGCGUUGCGAAGAAGCUGUUCUCCAGGAGUGCGAACGGUGUUACGAUGUCGUCCGAUCAGGAAGAAACGGACUCCGAUGUGCUAGAGGAGAAACGCCGCAUUGCUGCGUGCAGCUCGGGUGAGCUGGCAUCGUACAAUCUGGUGCUGAAGGAGCUGUCAAAGAACUAUGGCAAGUUUGUAGCGGUUAACAAACUCUCGGUCGGCGUACGUCACUCGGAGUGCUUCGGGCUGCUCGGGAUUAAUGGGGCCGGGAAGACGUCCACCUUCAAGAUGAUGACCGGUGACGAGAACAUAACGGGCGGUGAUGCGUGGGUAAACGGUAUCAAUCUGCGCACGGACAUGAAUCGAGUGCACAAACACAUCGGCUACUGUCCACAGUUUGACGCGCUGCUGGAGGACCUAACGGGCCGGGAGACGCUGCACAUCUUUGCGCUGAUGCGUGGCGUACGCAGGAGGGAAAUUAAUGGUGUGUCACUUACGCUGGCGGAAGAGCUGAACUUUACCAAGCAUCUGGACAAGCGCACCAAAGCAUACAGUGGAGGCAACAAGCGGAAGCUCAGUACGGCACUCGCCCUGCUUGGCAAUCCAUCGGUGGUGUAUCUGGACGAACCGACCACGGGCAUGGAUCCGGGAGCGAAACGUCAGUUCUGGGACGUCAUUUGUAAGGUACGCAGCACGGGCAAAUCGAUCGUGCUGACGUCACACAGCAUGGAAGAGUGUGAGGCCCUGUGUACGCGGCUCGCCAUCAUGGUGAACGGGGAAUUCAAGUGUCUCGGCUCGACGCAACAUCUGAAGAACAAAUUCUCCGAGGGUUUCCUGCUCACGGUCAAGACCAAGCGCACGGAACCGGACGCAGCCGAGCGGGUAAAAUCAUUUGUGACAAGCAAAUUUGUGGGUGCUGUUUUGAAGGAAGAGUAUCAAGACUCGCUCACGUUCCACAUCGCACGGACCAAUCAGCGUUGGUCGGCCAUGUUUGGUUUGAUGGAAUCGUCAAAGCAUCGGCUAGGCAUCGAGGACUACGCGCUCGGGCAAACGACGCUCGAGCAGGUGUUCCUGUUUUUCACCAAAUAUCAAAUAGCUGUAGAAUAAAGGGGUAUUCAUGGUUGGGGAAGAAACGUUAACCACGGCUUGCAAAAUCGGGUGACAGUUCGACAGUGAGCUGACAUGCCAUUAGCGAGCAGCCAAAUUGUGAUUAACCAACCAAGCAUCUAUUGUUACCAUUGCCGGGUGUGAGGUUUUGAAGGUAUUGUUCCUAGCGGUAAAGUAUUCUUUUCUUGUGACCUGAUUGUUGUUAUGAAAAUAAACCAAUGUGUCUUUGUCGUUGUAA